AUGAGAUAUGAAUUAAAAAGUAUGGCCUACUCUAUUGAAGUAUUAAAAAGUCUAACAGCUCAAAGUAUUGAAAAUUCAGCAUCAAACGUUAUUGGUACUGAAAUUAAUACAUCAUGUGAAAUUAUUUGGCCAGUCAACAAUAACGAUGAACUGAUUACUAUUGAAACAUUACUAAAUGACCAAAAACUUAGGAAUAAUCAAGCUAUCGUUUUAUCAAGAUCAGUCGGCCUUACCAUCCCUGAAACAGUCCGCCGUAUCAUGCAACAUAUGUUUUCAGAUUCAUUUAUCCAGAAAUAUUCUUAUGUUGGUUUCAAAGGUAAAAACAAAUUUUCUGGACUGAACUGCUGCAAAUUACUAUUUGAUGCCAUACGGAAAAAUAAGAAAUUUGAGUUAUUGCCUGAUAUGGAUAUUUCAUCAGCCGUUUCAAAAUGGAUGGCCCAAGCUGCUAACCGUAUUAAAAAAAAAGAAGAAAAAAUUAAUAACUAA